UGGAAGAGCCGUCGGCGAUCAACUCCGGCGCCAGGAGAUGUAUGUGUCUUUCCGUGAACAGUUCAAAGUCAAAGAGUCAAAAAGAGUAAAAGGAAAAGAGAUUGUUUUGAAAUGGCGAAUAGCAAGUACGAGUACGUCAAGUCAUUCGAAUCUGAAGAUGAAGUUAUGCUUCCUAAUUUGAUCCUUGUUCGGAUCGAUGGUCGUGACUUCUCUAGGUUUUCCCAAGUUCAUGAGUUUGAGAAGCCUAAUGAUGAAGCAGCUCUCAAUCUUAUGAAUUCAUGCUCCGCUGCGCUUUUGGAAGAGUUUCCUGAUAUCAUCUUUGCAUAUGGAUACAGUGAUGAAUACAGCUUUGUGUUCAAGAAAACGUCAAGAUUCUACCAGAGACGAGCCAGUAAGAUUUUGUCGUUGGUAGCUUCCUUCUUUGCUGCAGUGUAUGUUACUAAGUGGAAAGAGUUCUUUCCCCAAAGAAAACUAGAAUACGCUCCUUCUUUCACCUCACAAGUUGUUAGUUGCGCAUCGCCAGAGGUUCUUCAAGCUUAUCUCGCGUGGAGACAACAGGACUGCCACGCCAAUAAUCAAUAUGAAACUUGUUUUUGGAUGUUAGUUAAAAGUGGAAAGACCAUAACCGAAACACAAGAGCUUCUUAAGGAUACACAAAAGCAGCAGAAAAAUGAGCUUCUCUUUCAAAAAUUUGGUAUCAAUUACAAGACGCUUCCCGAAUUGUUUCGCCAAGGAUCAUGUCUUUUCAAGACAAAGGAGAGGGAGGAAUUGCUCCAAAAAAGGGGGGAGGAAUUGCUCAAAACAAGGGAGGAAUGUUAAAACCUUGUAUUGAACAAUACCCAAACAAUGAUGGAAAAUGUGAUAUCAAACAAUGUAAAGCCGAAUGUGCCAGAAAGAGGAAACAAGGGCUAGGUCGUUGCAUGGAUACAGGCGAAGGAAUUAU